AUGAUGCCAGCCGAUACAUCUAAUGGGACCCAACUCGGUAUAUAUUAUGAGGACAAUGUUGUCAAUUUGGAUAAAAGAUAUGUUUGGUGGUUUCUAACGGCAGCAAAGUUAAUAGAUGCAGGGUUAGCUCUAUAUGAAUUGGCUACCUCAUGCCAGGGCUGGUCAUCUGGUGGUGCUAAUGCUAAAAUUGGUUGUGUACAUGGAGCAUUGAGUACGGCAUUUACUGUAGCUGGCGAUGGCUGGUAUGCUUGGAAUAAAUAUAUCGAGAUAGGUAACCAGUUAAUAUCGUUAGGUAAAAGAGACAGUGCGACAAAUUAUCAAUCACAUUUAGAGUAUUGGGGAUACUAUGUCAAAAUUACCAACUUACCAGCCGCACUUGUUUACACUCUUGAUGGAGAAUUGCAUUACAGCGAUUCCGGAGAAACUCCAGUAUUAUUAACAUACAGCUAG